AUGACCGACGCGGUGGUGGGCGGCAGCUCUGACCGGUGGAUGUGUCCCGGUGACAGGACCAUGUCUCUCCGGGCCAGGCUCCCCUCCGGCUGGGCAGCGCGGGGUGGGCAGCCCGACCGGCAGCGUAAGGGCGAGGAGCUGACGGACGAGGAGAAGGAGAUCAUCAACCGAGUCAUCGCCCGGGCUGAGAAGAUGGAGGAGAUGGAACAGGAGCGCAUCGGGCGACUCAUGACCCGACUGGAGGACAUGCGCCGGAGCGUGCUGGGGGACGGGGUGAACCGCUGCAUCCUUUGUGGGGAGCAGCUGGGACCGCGGGGAUCAGCCUGCGUCGUCUGCGAGGACUGCAAGAAGAACGUCUGCACCAAGUGUGGGGUGGAGACCACCAACAGCCGGCCCCAUGCCAUCUGGCUGUGCAAGAUCUGCAGCGAGCAGCGGGAGGUGUGGAAGCGUUCGGGCGCCUGGUUCUUCAAGGGUUUGCCCAAGCAAGUGCUGCCCCAGCCGAUGCCCGUCAGCAAGAACAAGGGACCCCAAGCCCCGAGUGAACCCAGCCUGUCUGAGCCACCCACCCAGGACCCAAAACUCCCCUCCCGUGCACCCACCCGAG